UUCCACAGGGGCGACACCGCGACUGGAAGUCACAACUCAGCCAAUUAUAGCCAACUCUCGAUAACAGGCUGAUUAAUAAUUAAGCUUCAGGUGACAACACACACUCACACACACAUUCCCUGGCUGAGACCUGAGAGGACACACCGACGAUUGGAGCAACAUGUCUGCCACCACAGGCAGCACUGCAGCCCCCCCCACGGGGCUCAGCAUGGAGGCGGCUGACAUCGCGGUGUUGGUCUUGUACUUCGUCUUCGUCCUGCUGGUUGGGAUCUGGGCUGGUUUGGUCCUGGGAGCUCAAAGUCCUCUCCUGUUUGAAACCUGAGUGUCUUUAGACAGUGCUAACCCAACGUUUCCCUGUGCCUGCUCCCAGUCCUCGGCCCGGGCCAACCGCAGCACGGUCAGGGGCUACUUCCUGGCCGGCCGUUCCAUGAGCUGGUGGCCGAUCGGAGCCUCCCUGAUGUCCAGCAACGUGGGCAGCGGCCUGUUCAUCGGCCUGGCAGGGACAGGGGCCGCCGGGGGCAUCGCUGUGGGGGGGUUCGAGUGGAAUGCAGCCUGGUUGCUGGUGGCUCUGGGCUGGAUCUUUAUUCCUGUGUACAUCUCUGCCGGGGUGGUCACCAUGCCGGAAUACCUGGCCAAACGCUUCGGAGGCCGGAGGAUCCGCAUCUACAUGUCUGUGCUUUCUCUCAUCCUGUACAUCUUCACCAAGAUCUCUACAGACAUAUUUUCGGGGGCAUUGUUUAUCCAGGUGUCUCUGGGCUGGGAUCUCUAUCUGUCUACAGGAGUACUGCUGCUGGUCACUGCUGUUUACACUGUGGCAGGUGGCUUGUCAGCAGUAAUCUACACGGAUGCUCUCCAGACUGUGAUCAUGGUUGGGGGGUCCUUUGCUCUCAUGUUCAUAGCCUUUGCAGAGAUCGGCUGGUAUGAGGGUCUUGUGGAGGGCUACAUGUCGGCAGUCCCCUCGGUGACGGUGGCUAACACCACCUGCCACCUCCCCCGCGGCGACGCCUUCAGCCUGUUCAGGGACCCCGUGUCGGGGGACAUACCCUGGCCCGGCCUGCUUUUCGGGCUCACCGUGCUGGCUACCUGGGUCUGGUGCACGGACCAGGUUAUAGUCCAGAGGUCUCUCUCAGCGAAGUCUUUGUCUCAUGCCAAAGCAGGCAGUGUGUUGGGGGGGUACCUCAAACUGCUGCCCAUGUUCUUCAUCGUCAUGCCAGGCAUGAUCAGCCGAUCCCUGUUCCCAGAUGAGGUAGCUUGUGUGGAUCCAACAGUGUGUCAGAGUGUGUGUGGAGCUGCAGUCGGCUGCUCCAACAUCGCCUACCCUAAACUAGUGGUGGAACUAAUGCCUGUGGGUCUGCGGGGGCUGAUGCUGGCUGUGAUGUUAGCUGCUCUCAUGUCCUCCCUGACCUCCAUCUUCAACAGCAGCUCCACCCUGUUCACUCUGGACCUGUACCACCGGGCCAGACCGGCAGCCGCAGAGAGGGAGCUCAUGGUGGUCGGCAGGGUGUUCGUCCUGGUCAUGGUGUGUGUGAGCCUGAUAUGGAUCCCCGUCAUCCAGACAGCCAACAGUGGACAGCUGUUCGAUUACAUCCAAUCAGUGACCAGCUUUCUGGCUCCUCCCAUCACCGCCGUGUUCCUGAUGGCGAUCCUGUGGCCCCGUGCCAACGAGCAGGGUGCGUUCUGGGGUCUGAUGGGGGGCCUGGUGGUGGGGCUGGUCCGGAUGGUCCUGGAGUUCAGCUUCAAGGCCCCGGCCUGCGGGCAGCCCGACGGCCGGCCUGCGCUCCUGGCUCAGGUCCACUACCUGCACUUUGCCUUGAUCCUGCUGGCUCUCACCUGCCUCAUCAUUGUUGCCGUCAGCCUGGCCACCCCCCCAAUCCCUGGAGAGCAUCUCCACAGGCUGACCUGGUGGUCCAGACACAGCCAGGAGCCCCGCAUCGACCUCACAGCUCCCCCAGUGACCUCUGGCCCUUUGACUUCUGACCCGGUGACCUCUGAGCGGCUGCCUGAGACGUGGUGGAGGAGGGCUGCUCUGCAGCUCUGCGGUCUGAACGCCCCCGGCUCUGGCUCCGAGCCUGCAGAGCCUGAAGGCAGUGAGCUGAACUCCCUGCAGGAGGCGCCGCUCUGGAGGAGCGUCUGCAAUGUGAACGCCCUGCUGCUGCUGACCCUCAAUGUGUUUCUGUGGGGGUAUUUCGCCUGAUGUGGGGUCAGUGAGGCUGGACUGAUGCUCUGGACUUGCAUCUCUUUCUCUAGCAGCAGGUUUACAGAGGUCCAAUCAGUGGGGGCAGACCCCCACGGCACCAGCCUUCAUUAAUUACAUUAUUUCUCAGAAAUAUGUUUUAAAUGAAACAAAGUCUACAUCUUCGUUGCCUAAAUUGCAAAAAGAAAUACGAUCUUUUAAAAUGAAUAAGAUUAAUGAUUGCGUGUGUUCGACAUCAGGACGGAUCGACGGCCCCCUCCUCUGUGAGGGUCGGAGGGACACUAACUAUUAAUGUUCAUCUGAUGGUCUCUCAGCCUGCGUCUCAAAUCUCCUCAUCAAGCAUGGUUCACCCAUCAGAGCACUCAGGGGGAGGCUCCCUCCUCCCUCAGAGACCAGCCCCCCCACAAAUAUCCACAAGAAACCUCUGCUUCACUGAGGGCCACUCUCCCUGACCAGCUGAGGACCCCACAGACUGAGGACCCCACAGUCUGAGGACCCCACAGACUGAGGACCCCACAGUCUGAGGACCCCACAGACGGAGGACCCCACAGACGGAGGACCCCACAGACGGAGGACCCCACAGACGGAGGACCCCGGUGUUGCCCUGAUGUCUGCGGUUGAUUUUAUUGUUCUUAUUAGGAUGAUGUGUUUUUGAUGUUGCUAGCAUUGCACUCUGUAACACUUUGACUUUGGUUCAUUCAAAAGAAAAGUGUGAUUAUAAAUGGAAUUGAUAUUUAUUAUGAUGAUGUCAUUUAUCUGAUCAGGAACACACCCCCCAGGUAAAACUGGCAGGAAGUGACAGAGACAUAACCUCCGGUGACUAACAGUCUCUCCGGAGCAGUUUGAGAUCUUCAGGAAAAAGUUAGGAUUUUGAAAUUCUCAGGAAAAUUCGGAUGAAAAAGUCCCACUUUUAAGAAAGACAAGAAUUCUGAGAUUUUUAGACAAAAGUCAUGACCUCGACCUUCUCGUUCAAACAUCUGAACAUUUGGAAUUCAGAGAUUUCAAGAAGAAAAUUCUGACUUCUGAGAAAGAAUACAGGUUUUCAGAUUUUGUGAAAAUAUGUCAGAGCUUCUAGAUUUAAAUAAAACUCUGAAUUCUGAGAAAAAGUCCUUUCUGACCGUUUUCUGACCCUGUCUCUGAAGGACCCUGAGACUACAGGAAGACCUUUCACAGGGGUGGGCAUCAAACCACUGCCCAUUACCCCCCCGAGCCACAGUCGGCCAGUCAUCUGCUCUAGGGAGGUCAAAUGUCAGAAUAUUGAUAUUAAAUUCAUCCAAUAUUAA